AAAGAGCCCAGAGCGGAGAAGGGAAGAAGAAAGGAAAGAAAGGAAUUUUGGGCUGCUCUCUUCUCGUUCCCCGAGACUACUAUCACUUUGUCCCUUGGAAGCCGUUGUGUUAUUAUUUAUUUAGUGCUAGCCAGCCCUCAAAAAAGGCGGCUCCGCCAAGCCGCUGAACUGCGCAUUUUGAUAUUCCACCGCCAGGAUCGACUCGCUCGUCUUUUUCCUCGUCUUCUGAUUCUCUCCUCAGCCUCUCUUUCUUCUCUCUCUUUCUCUUUCCCUUCACUCUUUUUCCAACUACAUUCUUUCUCUCUUCUCUCACCAUCGCCAUCCCAUCGACUUGACUUCCGUCUCUCUCUCGUUCUACGACCGUUGACCCUCGUCUUCGCCAUAUCUCAGCCGCCGUCACUCGUUUGGUCCUCUCUGUCUCCCUCUUCUAGGACGCCCCUAACCGCGGAGCCGCCUUGCACCACCUUACACAAACACAACAGCGAAAGCUCGCGCAGGGACAGAGGACCCGCCCCUUUAUCAUAUAACCCGCGUCCUGUGUCCCAUCGCCAUUGUUCUCUCUCGUCUUGCACAGCCAUACAGCGUCUACGUCGUCCUCUAUCGUCACCCACAAGCCUUGUCUCGAUCGUGGCAUCAUACAGCCACUACCACACUUAGCACUUACUUUUCUCAUCCUCCUCCCUUUUCUUUUCUCACUUUUAAUACGUCAAAAAUAACGGGGAUCAAGGCUCCGGUGAGGAGCUUCUGGCCGCCAAAAUUCGUCCAUACUCGAGGCGGACGUCUCUCUUGGGAGAGCCAGGAAUAGACCCGCCGUUGCUUCCUCCGGGUCAGGGCUAUAGGCCAAGAGAAGGGUACACGACUCACGCAGAGUCAUCGUGGAAGAUGUAUCUACCAAACACACGCUGGACGUGGUCGUUUGUCAUUGUCACCACGAUCCAGGCGGCAUGUGUUCUUGCUUUUGAAUCAUAUGUGUUUGCAAGAUUCCAGCUGCAGCUUAAGUCAGAUGCAUCGACGAAUACCGAAUCAAAAACGAUACCAACGUUUCUUACUCUCUACAUCUUCGGUUUCGUGUAUGAGCUUAUCUUGGUAUAUGAUGCACUUCGGCUGAAAAAUACUAUCCAAGUUAUUGGACUAUGUAUCUGCAACUUUGGGUUGCUUAUCUAUGGCGCUGUGCAAAUCGACCAGAUCGAUACUUCGGUAGAUCAGCUCGGUGCCCUUGGACUUAUCCACCCAGAGGUAAUAGAUGAGAUGAAGCCGUUCCUUAUUGCGAUUCCUUGCAUCACUGCUCUUGGAACCGUGGGCAUGGGUUUCCUUGCUUGGAAGUUAUACGAUGAAUUUGCAUGGACGAUCUAUAAGCAUAUCAGCGCUGAUUUGCGGAUGAAGCGCCGUUACCUUACCUAUCAGAUCUACAUUGCUCUGCUGAAGUUUGAUUUCUUCUUCUUCCUCGGAUUCACUGUCCAGUUUGUCGUUAUUGUGACAGACACUAAGACUGUUGAGUUUGCUCUGACCCUUGCUGCCAUACCAGUCACUAUCCUGAUCUUGGUUAUGGCUGCGUUCUGGACCCGACGUGAGAGUACAGUUGGCAUGAUCAUUGUCAUCGUAAGUUAUACUCCCUCUAUGGACCCUGAAACAAAUACCAUAACCUAACCUUUUGUCGACAGUUGCUCUACUUCGGUGGUUUUGCCUACUUCCUUUUCAAGCUAAUCCGCAUGUACUCUCCCGCGAAACAGAAGGCUUAUCUCCCUGCUCGCCGAUCUCUUACUUUCUUUGCCGUUGCAACCAUCAUCCUUAUCAUUAUGACAAUUAUCAACGCCAUAAUGUGUACUCUCAACUUCAACAAGGGGUUGAAGCCCCAUAUUACCAGCAAGAAGAGACCACGCGGUGCUGAGAAGGAAGGCACUGAACUUAAUGACCAGUUCUCACCACAUCCUGUGCCCACCCGCAUGACAAUCGAUUAAAAACUUCGCCUCCUCGAUAGUGAAUGAAUACAGCUUUGAAAAUUUUCCUUUGAAAGGAAAAGGAUGAAAAGAAAGAAGAAAAAAAAAAGUAAACUAAUCUCAAUCUGCAAUUAACAUUCCCAAUGCCAUAUACCCCAAGGAUAUCUCCAUUUUUCUUUGUUUCCUUUCAUUUUCCUUGCCAUAUCUUGUUACUUUUACGUACCUCUUUCUUUUUCAUUUUCAUUUUUUAUUUUUUGGACUCGGUGCAACCCAGUAAUAACCGCUCGAAUGCUUACCUCGAAUCUGAAUCUGGAUGCUAAAGGGUAACAGAAACAAUAUGAACGAGGAGCAAAUUCGAUAUGGCUCAACGUUCAAAUUCCGCCUCAUAGCGAGCUGACUUUUAAUCCUGUUAGAAUAGGGAUUUUAUUUGUUUCCCACCUGAUUUUGUCUUUUUCUCGAAUGAUACCUCAUGUAUUUCCUAUGACUCCUUGCCUAUUUUGUUUCCCUGUACCUAUUUGUACUUCUGUGAGGCUAUCUUCUGGCUCAUCGCUUGUCACUCUUUUGUGAGUUCUUUUGAAAAUUAUCAGCGUCUCAAAUAUACUUGGAUUCUCGUCUCUGUCAUGUCCACGUUAUUUAUACCCAUAGGGCUGAUACUCCACUCUGAAAUAUAGACAAUUCAACUGACCAUCAUCCUAAUACCUCAACUCUUCUGCCAUCAUUUCUUCUCUACUAUCCAUCAAGUAGCACCUAAAUAAAAUAUAUGAUUACAUAAGCUUCCCCGGCCCAAAGGCGG